AUGCAAACAGGCACCCCGCCAAUGGACAGCAGCUUGCACGGCUCUUGUCCUAACGAAUCUACUUGGGAAGUCAACAUCGAAGAACUCAUAGCAGCAACAAAAGAAUACCAAGAUUUAUGCGACAGCCGGCACUUCUACGAAAAUAUCAGAGGAUUUCCCUUCACCCCAAAAGUUCUUCCUCCUGGUGUGACUCGGCUUUGGGUAAAGCCACAUGUUGGAGGGCCCACCCUUAGAGCGGAGGCCGACACGCAAGACUACGUGCAUACCGAAAUCAACAAGCGAGGACCACCCACAAGCCAGGGCUUGUACGUGCCCAAGGUUUUCGAUUACGCGGAAUUUGAAAUCGAUGGAUUUAUUCACAGCUGCAUCGUCAUGGAGUUUGUCACCGGGACACCUAUCAGUAGCAUCAUGAAGCCUACCCUGUGGUCAAGGGACAUGUCUGAGUCAGCGAAGAAUCAAAUAGUCCGCCCGUUCAAAGACAGAGUCGCAAAUGCGUUGUGUUUCCUGCUCUCUCUCUCGCCGCUGCCCGAUACCGCCCCGGCCCCUGUCAACGGCGGCCGAAUCAAGAACUUCGUAUUCGGUCGGGACAACUGCGAUGGACCAUGCGACUUCGAUACCCUGGAGCAGCUCCAGGAGUGGAUCAAUCAAGAGAAUGAGAAGGAGAAACUCAACCCUGAUCUCACGACGGCCGACCUUGUAUCAGAGGGCCUCAAGCUGUGUUACUGUGACAUCAACUUCGACAACUUCCUGCUGGAGAAUCCCGACGACCCAGCUAGUCGAUUGACAAUGAUUGACUUCGAGCACACCGCCUGGCUUCCUUUCAGCUUCCUGAUAUGGGCGCUGUGGGAUAAGAGAGAAGUGUACAUCGUGGAACAAGUUACAUCGCAAACCGGGAUGGAGAUACCCAGAGGAAAUACUGAGGCGCUUCACAACUUACAUUUGCAGCGACGGUGGCUUUAG